AUGUUGGAGUCAUGUAUUUGUUUUUGUUCAUUCAUGCGGUUGACUUCGUUACGGCUCGUGCAUGGGAACACCGUUACCUGUCCAACCAAAACAAAGAGAAGAAGAAGAAGUGCAUGUGAACAAAUUUUGUGUAGUAUUCAUAAUUCCUAGCUUGAAAUAAAGUGUUGAGAUAACCGCAAUCGAAAAACGUCAAUUGUGCAAAGAAUGUUAUAAGUUUAAUUCUGAACAUGCCUUCAAAAAAUAUUAGUAAAGUUGUCAGCGAUCUUGCGGCUGCUGAUAUAAAAGACUUAUCAAUUCUCGGACUGCGAGAGAUUCUGCUUCCCGCAGCAGACGACUUGAGCACAAUCGGAAGUGACACCGCAGAUCCACUGUGGAAACUCUCCACUCAGUACUUAUACAUACAACAACGCUUCCUCGAAACCUGUGUGAUUCAGACCAGCACACAAGAGAAUGAUUUGAUCAACCUGCCCGAACAAGCCAUCUUCCUGGUUGCGGUGGACCGCAUUCGCCAAUUCACACUAAACCUCUAUCUGCCGAAAGUGCUGCGUGGUCUAACCUCAACUGAACUGCGACUGGUCGUACAGUUGGAACCGGCAGUACGAAAGCAAAGGUUGCGCCACUGUCUAGAAGCUUUCCGAAAGCUGUUCCGAACAAAGGUUAUUGCUUUGCAAGGCAAACUGGAAAAUUGUAUUGUAGACUAUGUAGCUGGCGUUUUUGGAUUCCGUUUCAUGGAGGGUGCGUUGCAAACUGAUGAAUUGUUACGAAGCUUUAGUCAGUUUCCAUUGGAAAUUUUGUUUAGAAGCGUGAUGGUAAUCAAAGGAGUACCGAAUCUGCCACCUGAAAUUGCGAAGCAAGUUCAUCUCGAACUGUUCAGAUUGACCGGCGAAGCCAGUGGCUUCCCGGUGCUAUGCAAAACUUUGCUGUGCAACGUUUCUUCUGAUGAAUCUCCUGCUUGGAAGAAGAACGAAAUAAUUGGAAAAAUUGUUGCAAGUAAAGGUCACUCGAAGAAGUUCUAUCGUCAAGUUUUGCAAGACUGUUUUAGCUUCUACGAGGCGGCCCUCUUCGGUGAUGGAAAGCAAGAGGAUUUAGGUUAUGCCAGCACUUGUGUCGAAUGUUUGAAGCAGAUUCAUCAGCUGCCUCCGGCGUACGAAGAACUACGCGUCACUAUUAGAGAGUACUUUCUGGGCAGAUUCAGUCAGUUGGUGAGACCAAGUGAAGUGCUUAGUGGAACGAUCCUGUUCGAGCGGUCGCAGUUGAUGGGUGCACUAUAUGUUAAUUAUAUGGCGUUCAGUGGAUCGUCCUGUACGUCGCUGAAUUCGGCUAUUCUAGUACCGCUGGCGCGAGUCUUCCUAGAGUUGUACGCGAUGAUUCCCGAUGGGUUCGAAGAGCGCCAGUAUCUUCAAACGCUGAUAGUUUUCUGCUUAGCGAACCGUGAGAAAGAAGAGCUGGAGAGAAUUUUGGAUGCGUUGUUGGUCGGUACGAAACACCAAGAACCGUUGGAACGACUUAAUGCACGAGUUUAUCUGAAAGCUGAAGAAGCUUGCGGUGGUACUUACACGCUACAGAUUGGACCUGAACGGGUUUUAACCGAUCAGGAAAGCUUGGGGCCUGUACUGGUAGGAAUUCUAAAGAAUGCAAAUCGGAAUCUGCUCAUUUAUGAUGUGUUUGUUACACUGCUCAAGAUUCUUGAUAGGAUAGGAACGGAUGACUCAAGCGAAAUUCUCCUCGUCGCGGAAGAACAGGAUGAUGCCACAUGUAAAUUGUUCAUCCAGAAAUACGAAGUAAUACAAGCUCUAAUGGAAUUGGUCAACCACAAGCAGUUUCACAGUCAACUGUAUGAAAAUCCAGCCGAAAUUCUGGCGUUCAUCAAAUCUCUGCUAGAGAGAAGUCUGGAGAAAGCACAAACCAAAGACGAUCUGUUGACGGUCGUCUUAUCGUUAUUUCAAGAAUAUCUACAACGACUGAACACCCGGGAUGAUGUUCAGGAAAUUUUCCGCCUCCUGCUGCGAUUACGAGCUUCCGAUUGGUGCAGCCCCCAGUUGAAGUCACAAAUCGAUGUGAUCUGCCAGGAAGGUGCUAGCUCAAAUCGACAAAACGACAGCUCAGAAAUGUCACCCUAUCAAAAUGCGCUAAGUCUCUGCUCCGACAGGGAACCCUACUGCAAGGUGUACGGGACAACUCUGAUGCUGCGGUUACUGAAAGAGCGUGACAAACAGACUUUGGCAAACAAGAAUACGAUCCUUAUUUUGGCCUUGAACAAUCUUCGCAAUGUGGAAAGCUAUGCCUUUCUAAAUUCGGUCCGUUUGUUGGUGGCACUUUGUGACCGCCUGGAGACGGAAACGUUGGAAGCACUUGUCAAGGAGUAUCAAUCGAGAGAUAAUGAUGUGGACUAUCGGCUGAAGAUUGGGGAAGCGCUUUUGAAAACAGUCGAAGCAGUGGGACCGAUUGCCUACCGGCACCGCGACUUGCUGCUCAAUUGUUUUCUGCACGGCUGCCGAAGUCUGGAGGAUGAGUUUCGGUAUUCCAGUUUGGCGAACUUGGGAAACGUAUGUCGAAUUCUAUCCUUUCAAGUGCAUCAUUUCUUCUAUGAGAUGUUUUUGUUAAUUAAAUCUGUCAUCGAAACGGAUCGCUACCUACCUGCGCGAAGAGCCGCUAUUCUUGUGCUUUCCCAGCUGAUGGAGGGAAUGGACAAUCUACUAACCUUCCAGGAUUAUUUGCUGGCAGUAUAUCGCUUCCUGAAGCUGAUCAUCCAAACCGAACAGGAUGACGUUACCCGACUCCAGGCAGCCGUUGCCUUGGAUCAUCUGAAGGCGAAAACCAAUGAGUUUCUUGAUGUCACCAAUCAGACCGGGCAGCUAGAAAAGGAAAUUCGGAUAUUUGGUAUCAAAGAGCAGCAAGCUGACGAGCGUCGUCACGUGACAACCCGGGAUAGUGAUAAUAUUCUGAAGAAACUACUAGAAUAAAAUGAGUUUUAUUACAGUCAUUUGAAUGAGUGAAUGAUUAUGUUCAUCUCAGCAUUAAGUCGAAAUUACUGUAAACGUAUGAUAAACCAUUUGAAAAUGGAAGCUACUAUCGGCUUAUUUAUCCCGAACUAAGCCUGUUUCAUUUUGCCUUAUCGCAUUGCCUGCAUCGGUAAGUACACCUAAAAUAUCUAAAUCUUAAUCUGAAACGUGAGGUUCUAGCGAUAGUUUUCAAUCGAGGGCGAACAACCGCAAUAUGCUUAGUCGUUUUCCGAGGAAUUGAAAUUGGUGCGCCUCAAAUCGGUAUUGAUGAAAUUGAAACAAAGUUCAAAAGAAGAGCUGAGCAAGGAGCUUUGAAGGCGAGAAUUUCAACGAAACAAAAAAGCAUAUUUCACUCGUCGUGAUGGGAGAAACCUCACAUUC